AUGCACAUCUUGGGGACGGUCUUGCGAAGUUUGGCGCGGAUGGAGACUAAACCGUAUCCGCUGGACUUGGUCAAGGGGCUUGAGAAUCCGGAAUACUCCGACGUAACGAUCCGGUGUAUCACAAGAGACUUUUACGCUCAUCGCGUCGUGCUCGCCAGCCAGUCCAAAUUCUUCGCAGACGCUUUUCCGGAUAGCGAUAUCGAUCCCGCCCUGCUCCUCGAGGGAUCAACGGUUCUAGGAAAUGCGAACGCCCACCAGAAUCCCGGCUGUCAGCAAAUCGUCAACAUGCAAGAUGAGAACCCACGAGUUGUGGAAAAUGUUCUUUGUUUCAUGUACCACGCCGACUAUCGCGACACUCCAUGUCUCAACGUUACGCCUCCGCCCGCUGAUCCGAUCAUGUUUAACCUUCAAAUGUCCGUUGCCGCGGACAAGUUCGAAGUGUCUUGUCUGAAGCGCUGUGCAGCGGAGAAGCUGAGGGACGCUUCUGAGAAACUUUGGAACACGGAUGCCUUUGUCAAGGCGAUAGCGUAUGCCUAUUCGGAAACUUCGAGGGUGGAUGUUAUGGCGAGAAGUGUCCUGGCUGAGGUGGCAGCAAGACACGCUUCUGAUUUAAGUCAAAUCAUCGCUUUCAGGGAUUUGUUGGAUGAGUUCUUGCAGUUCAACGUCGACUUCACAGAAGCGGUUGUCAAGACUGAACCAGAUAUGAGUCAAGGGAUGCCGUAUGUGUGA